AUGAGUGAGGACCCAAGGACCCUAAAGUCUGUGUACCAGGCUGCCGAACUGAAGCGGAUAACUUUAGAAGGCACUUAUGAAACAAACUCCCCCACCUACAGCCAAGAUCUUGCCGAAGCCUUGAAAUUAUACCAGGAAUGCAUUCAGAUUAUUAACAAGGUCUCACUAUUUAGUCCUAAUGAAGGGCUUGAGGAUCUUGCUACAUCUGAUCUCCCUUACCUAUUGGUCAACUAUCGCAUAGCCGAACUCCUUCAGAAGGUCUCAACACAGUCGCCCUCGGAAAGAAAAGCUGUCUUGAACGCGACCCGGGAAGCGUAUGAGAGGUUUCUACACCUUCUCGAUAACUAUUCGAUAUUAUCCCCAUCAGAUAGUAAGCUGUUCACCGAAUACAAUGAAGAUCCAUCAGCCUUCUCUACCAUAUCUACCUCAGAUCCAGCAGCUCGGCGUAAUGCCAAAAUUGCCAAUUUCAAAUCAGAGAAAGAGCUUAAGAGGAAGCUAGAGUAUAUGCGAAGCUCUCCAAGAUAUCUAGAGGACGGUGGAGACGAAGAAGCUGUUCGCGAACUGUAUCUUACGAACGUCGCUUUCUGUACCCACAUGGCAUUUCAGGGCUUAGAGGGAAUCAAUCGAGAGGCAGAAAUAUUAGCGCAAGCACCAGCUCCUCCAAUAUCGCAAGGAGCAAUAGUUGAAGAUGACGAGCGGCGGCGCAGAGCAUUGCAUGAUAACGAUGGUUAUUCGGACAGAUUGGACCUUCCUUUGAGCACUCUAUCCUCGAGUAAUGGCCCGCUUCUCAGUAGAGAGGGAAAGCCUUUAAGGCCAUUCACGCUCACGUCUAAUCGGGCAGAGCUUCAGAGGGGCGUGUUUCGUCCGGGCCACAAUCUUCCAACCAUGACUAUUGAUGAGUACCUAGAAGAAGAACGAAGACAAGGGAAUAUCAUUGAAGGUGGUGGAGAAGCUAGCUUUAAUAGGCCCGAGCCGGAUGAGGAUAAUAUCGAGAAGGCAGAUGCUGAGACUAUGAAGGCUAGGGAAUGGGAUGAAUUUACGGAGGCCAACCCUAAAGGGAGCGGAAACACCUUGAAUAGGGGUUAG